AUGGUUAAGGCCAAAUUUAAGAGGUUUAAUUACACCGACGUUGCUCAGGAGAGUCCUGCCCCGAGCAAAGGGACUGAUGCAGCCGUUAAACAGGCUGGGCCUUCUGUCGCUGCUCAGGAAGCAUCCAAGCAAGUCUCUUUGCAGACCGAGAAGGCCGCUGAGGCUUCUCUAGCUGCGAAGAAGGUGGGAAAAUGA